GAGAGGCAGAGAGAGGGCCGGCUAUAAAAAGGGCCCGCGCCACCCGCACCUCACACAUCGACAGCCGACAUGCGCGCGCUGACGUGGGCCUGGUGCGCCGCGACGGCCGCCGUGCUCCUGCACGCCGCCGAGUACGAGUUCGACAACGCGUUCUACAAUCAGCAGCUCCUGGACCAGGUGGACGACGCCCUCCGGCCGUGGCGCAGCGGCGACGGCGGUGCCGGCCUGGAGCAGGGCCGUGACCAGGGCGGACGCAGCCGACCCCGCUUCCGCCACAAGGGCGGCGUCCUGGUGGCGCGCUGGUUCCCGUCGCGGCGCGGGGAGCCCGCCCAGUACCAGUGGAGCUGGGAGGUGCCGCCGGGCGUCAACCAGACGGCUAAGCUGUGGUGGCGUCGCUACUACCCCUACAACUACUACAACCGGCGCUACUGCCGCUACGGCUACUGCCGACGUUAUCGGGGCCGCGGCGGCUACGGCUACGGUUACCGGCGGCGGGGUUACGGCGGCUACGGCGGCUACGGCUACCGAGGAAGAGGUUACGGCUACGGCGGCGGUGGCUAUGGCGGCUAUGGCGGCGGCUACGGCGGCGGCUCCGGCGGCUCCGGCGGCUAUGGAAACGGGUACGGGAGGAUGGGCUCCGCCUUCGACCGCAUGGUGCUCGCCGACGACGACGCGACCAAGACGACCACGGACAGGCCCGCCUCCAGCUCGACGGCCGCGCACCACCAGGAGGCACCACCGCAGGACAACGACCCGAACGCGGAUGUCGAGGACGUCAGCGUCAACAAGGACAUCGCCCAGCUGCCAGAGGCCACCGAUGAGCAGCUGGACGGCGUGGACGCGCACCCGGGGCACAUCCCCUUCCAAGAGCAGGUGUGCUGCGGCCGUCCCGUGGAGGCCACUUUGCUGCGACAGGACGCCCUGCGAGAGCAGUGCUACCUGCAGGUGUUCAACGAAACAGUCCACUCGCGCUUAGAGGAAGGGCAGAACUGGGACCACUUCAGCUGUGUCGCCGUCAAUGAAAUAAAGGAGAGUAUACGAUGCGUUCAUCAGUGCAUAUGGAAACUAAGAGAAACGUUCGACGAGGAUGAUGAGCAGGUAGUCUCGGUCAGCAAACUUCGAGGUUUCUUUCGUGACACCGAGUCGCAGCGAUGGCGGGCGGAGCUGAUGGACAGUGCCGCCGUGAAGUGCAUGGCUGAGUACCAGACGGAGAGUCGGGGGUCCUCGGAGACCAGCCGGUGCCCAGGCGCCCACCUUGAUCUCAGCUAUUGUCUUUGGGAGGAGCUACAGGCGAACUGUCCUGAACAAGAGUGGAACGUGAAAAGUCGGUAUUGCGACAGAGUGCGCGCCGUCAUCCGCUCGCGCCGAGGAGGUGCUUCCUAGGGCCAAAGGUCGUUGUUUGGGUCAGCCGAGGGCCAGACCCACCCAAAACAUAGAGUAGUGUAAUAAAACAAACUUAUUUUCUAUUA